UGCCUCGGAACGACUCUGUCUCGUCUCUCUCUGGAAACUUCCGGCACACUCGAGAUGCCUCGAAUCCACAGAGGGUGAGACAACAGGUAACGCAAAGAGUCGUCAUCUCUGAGAGUUUCUUUCGGUCUCCCAUCCCUGAGAGUCUUCCUUGUUGCGUCUACAAGACGAAGAAGCGCCGUUCUCUUCGCGGUUUCGUUGUCAUCCUGGUUCUUCUCAAUUUUCAUGUUAGUCUCGUCCUUCUCAGUCUUUUUUUCAAUCUCGGGAACCCGUUUUCUUCCUGCAUGUCCUCUUCUCCGCUUCCUUUCGAAGUCGUCUCGUUCUUCCCUCUCGAGUUCUCGCCGCUCUCUCAGGCCUCGCUCUGGGUCUGCGCAGCUACAGAGAGAUGCCGAGACAACAAGGCUCUCCUGUUCUUUCCUGAGAAGAAAGAGAGACCUUCUUCGAGCGACGUUGGCGAGGUCGUUAUCUUCCCUCGUCUCUAAUUUCCUUGCGCAGCAUGCAGCGCGUGAAACAUUUCGUCAGUCAGAAGUUCUCCGGCUCGAGUCGUCAGAAUUCGCUGCAUGCAGUUUCGGAGCCUCAUGAACUGCAUGCGCCUGGCCUCGCGGCCGACGGGGGGCCCGCUGCAUGCGCCUCUCCAGGCGCGGCUUCUGCAAACAGAAAAAGCCCCUUUGGAAACGCGGGAGAAAAGUGGCAACUCGAGGAACAGGCGAAAUUCAUGGUCCGCAUCGGUGCCUUCCUUUCCAGAUUCGACAAGCUCCUCACAGAGUGUGACUGCAUGCAUCGCGACCUCGGAGACACCGUCAACAUUUUCUUCUGUCGAAGCACGGAACUCAGAGAGACUGCGCUCGAAGUCGUCGAUGUCUUGGCGACGUUUCAUGCGAUUCGCCUCGAGCUGCAACCGCACAUCGACACCACGCGCCGCGCCGUCGCGGAGUGCAGGCGGAGAAUCCGGAGGGCGGAGGUGCUUCUCAAGGAACGCAACGAUGCAGCCCACAAGCUCGACCACUACACAAAGAAACUGUCGCGCCUCAAGAGCGAAGUCCCGACAGGUCCCAAAGCCGAAGACCGCAUUCUGCGGAACGAGCACAAACUCGAGCGCGCGUCCAUGGACUACAGCACCACGCAGGAAGCUGCCAGGACAGAGCUGCAUGAGACUCUCCAAACGCACUUCAUUUCCGCUGCCCAGCUCGUCAGCAAGGCCCUUCUGUUGAGCCGCGAACUUUUUUCAGCGGCAGCGCCGUCCCUCGCGCGCCUCCCGCCACUCCUCGGCACCCUCAGCGCUCCGACAAACGAUGCCCCUGGUGGCAACGGCCACAGAGGCGCUAUCGCUUUAGUUUCCUCUUCUGUUUCGCCGCCGAAUCAAGCUUCUUUCAAGCGUGCGUCGCCCUCAGCAGAUACUCUGCGUCCUUUGCAAGGGCAGGCAUCCAGUGAAUGUGGGCUCGCAGUCUACACGGGGCCCGCACAGCCCCAAGGCCCAUCUAGCGUCAGCGGCUUCUCGCAGACGCCAACGCUAGCCCCAGCUAGCCAGUCGCCCGCACCCGCGGCGCCCGCCCUUCCGGCGUCCGGCGAGGCUCACGGCGACAAGACUCUCACUCCCGGAAGUCGUUACGGCGCGUCUUCAGGUCCCGAAGCAACGGCGCUGCCUCCGGUGUCUCGUGGGUCUCCUGAGGCUUUGGAGACCGCGAACGCGAUCCCACAGACCUCUGGAGCCUCAGGAGCCGGGCGCGCUUCGCAGGGUGUCGUGGAGCCCAACGCGUCUUCGAGCCUGUCCGCCCCCGGUCCUGUUUCGGGGCCUCAAGGCCCGCUUUCAGGCGGAGGGGCGUCGUUUUCGGACAGGUCCGUCUUGGCUUCGCGGGAUGUUCCGCCUGCCGUUAAUGUUCGACAUCGCGAUGCUCUGUCUGCUCAAACGGGUCCCUUGGGCGCCACUGAGAGCGCCUCCGUGCAGGCGCAGCUUCCGGUGCCCCAGGAGACCUCGAAAGACAGAGCUGCUCCGAUUUUCUACUCCUCAUCUACCUCCUUUACUGUGUCAUCAGGACCCCACAUGAAUUCAUGCGUUUCUCUCAGUGACCGCGACAGCGCUCCAGGCCAAGUUGGCCCGGGAACCGCCUGCCCCACACAGUCUCAACCUGCCGGCGGAGUGUCUCCGAUUUCUGCUGAGGCCCCAGGCCCCCCGUCUCAGGGGCAACACACACAGCCCACAGCGGGUCCGCUCACUGGCGAAGCGUUGGCGAAGGCCGCGUCUUCUUCUUGUCUCUCGGGCACUGAGACCCUGUCUCCGUCUCUUGUGGGGCGCGACAUGAGUGAGAAGCGCCGAGAGGAAAGUCGACUCAUUCGGUGGAGCAGCGUGGGUCGCUCGGGCAUCACGCAGCGCCUGUCCUGGGGGCGUUUUCGACGCCAGCUGUCUCGACGGCAGAGUGUGACAGGCGAGGCGUCUGGCCACUGCGACUCGGUUCUCCUUGAAGAAUCGUCCCUCGCCCCCCCCGCGGCCCCUUCGAAGACCCCAGGGGCUACAGACCCAGAGGGGGAGAGAAGUCCGACGGUUUCGGGGCCCGCCUCGUGCAUGGGGGGUGGGUACAGAGCUCAGAAGAACGAGGAGCCCGAAGAGCUGAGAGACAAUGAACGGAAGGGCAAUGGCCACAAGGUCGCUCGCGAAGAAGACGCUACAAGCGCCAGGGCGACGGCGCCUUCCUCCGGCACGUUGGGGGCCCACAGAGAAGGCGAAGAAGGGCGCAGAGUGUCGGAGACAGCAGACCUCUCAGGGUGCGCCAGGCCAGGAGAAGCAUCGUCGUCCGUCGCAAACGGGCCUUCUCUCCAGGCAAGCUCUCAGAGUUCAUCGGGCUCUUUUACGUCGAGCCUCGUGGGGCGUCUAGACGCUGUGGGGCCUCGCUCAACUGUCCCUGCCGACCGCCGAGGCGAAGGCCGAGACGCCGCGGCUUCUGUCGUCUGCGCCUCACCCGCCGCUCCCUUCGCUUCAUCACAAACCGAAGAAGGCUUUGUGAAAGCGGCGACGGGAGACUUUGCGCUUACAGGGCCCUCGUCUCAGGCGUCGAAGUUUCCGCAUCUCGGGGCAGCUGGGGCGCGACGCGGCGGCCCGGAGAGGACUGACGCGUCGAGUUCCUCCUCCGGGAGUUUAGGGCGUCUAACGCAGGCGGGAAGUUCCUCGGAGGCGACAGGAGACGGAGACGAAGCAGAGAAGAAUGGCCACGGCAAGGGCCGAGGACAGCACGCGAUCGCGGCGUCGCGGUCUUCGCGGCUCGUGUUCGGCGCCUCGGGGGAGCCGCGGCUCUUCGAGGAGGCCGCCCGGCCUCGAGCAGGUCGCUUGGGGAGUUCCGGCUGUCGGGGGCCAGGCGACGGAUACACUUUGGAGACACAGGAGACAGAAGGCGAGAGCGACGCGAAGCGGGGCUUCUCGCCCGGCGGCCGUGCUGGAGGAGCGGCGGAACCCUCGAGCGAGGCCUCGAGCUCCCCUGCAGCUCCGGCGUUUCCAGAAGGCGUGUCUCCUCGCCUGGAGGCCGCCGGGGGGCGGCCGGAGUCUCCUCAGGGAGUCGAGCGAGUGAGCAGCAAGUCAGGGUCGAGCGACAGUUCGGAUGCUUCGCUGCUGUCCUUUCGCCCAACGAGCCCGCCCGCGGCAUCUUCUGCUUCGGCUUCUUUCCAGCUGUUCCCCGGAAGCGCCUCUUCUUCUGUCUCCUUCUCGCCUCAGUCCUCCUUUCUCGUCGAUCCCCAGGCCGCGCCGCCUUACUUCUACCUGCCUUCUUCUUCGCUGAAGUCGGCGGGGCGCACACCCGGGGCCUUGCGGGUUUUCUCGGCUGCGUCGCUCGGGAGCGCAGAAGACCUUUUGCGCAUGCAGUCGGACUCUGAGGGCGAGGCUCGCAGCCAGAGCUUGGAGAAAGAACCUCUGGAUGCGGCGCUCUUGGCGGCCUUUACAGCCUCCGACUCCGAGUCUCCAGCUCAAACGACGGGUGCUCUGUCGGUCUUCAGAUCUGCGCCCUCGCCCUGGACGCUGCCGGCCCACCGCGGCCGCGGCCCGGGGCACAGGCGGUGGGACUUCGCGCUCCCCGGGCCAGAAAGCCCCUGGUCCGCAGUGCCGUUCCCCGCCUCCGAGGAGGAAAGCCCCAGGAGGGCGCCCGCCUCCGGAAGGUCGAAGUGCCAUGCGUUCUACUCUCUCCCCUCAGAGGAACAGGCAAAGGAAAUCGUGCUGACAGGUCCAACGGCGCUGCCCAGACUCGCCCUUCCUCCCGAUGAACCUCCGACGAGCCUGGACUUCAGCAGUGAGGAAGAAGGAGAGGAAGCAAGAGAAAGCCGUUCGCACGGCGACAGCGAAAUGCGUCGAGAGAAGAGGAGCAAAGACGAGAGCCAGCGCUCGGGCCGGAGGGAAGAAGACGGUUGGGGGGUCUCUUCCGGGAGCAGGCGACAGUCGGCGGGCGGACACGCAGGCGAAAGCGGCCCCUGGGGGCGAGAGACUGGAGACGCAGAGGCGAAUGGAAGCCAUGCCCAAACACGCAAGACGUGGAGAGGAGACAGAGCGAACCCCAGCCCAGGGGCCAGGGCCCCAGGAAAGGAGGAGACAGUCAGAGACACUGUGAGGGAGAUAGUGAGAGGAACAGGAGAGACUGUGCGAGAGGAAGUGGAAGCCCCUCAAGGUUCGCGUCGGACUUGGGUGGAGUUUGUUGGCGGGGAAUCCUUUGAAGAUGACCGUCGGGAGCUUCCUUUCUUAUCUCCAGGGAGCCCACCGGCUGAACGCCGGAAUGAGGAGCUGAACUGGAACGAAGGCGCCGAUCUGUUGGGGCAGGGGAGGCCUGGUCGAGGGUCCGGCAGAGAGGGUGAGAGAAAGCUGGACUCUGUCUCAGAGGCUGAUCGCGAAGAGAGAAGCUCGACUUUUUCCAGCUAUGAAAGCGAACGCGCGAACGGGGAGAGCCGCGAGCAGCGUCCGCACGCAGAGGACGACGAAGAGACCCUGCAUGCGUGGAGUGUAUGCAAAAACCGUGUGUGAAGGACAAGGGAGCCCUCUCACUUGCGCCUGUCUCUCAAGGGGAGAGGGGCUGUCAGUCUGCGAGAGCUCGUUUCGAAGAAACAGAACGGCACUGUUCCACUUGUGUUUGUGAAAGUGUGAAGAGCACUGAAUGCGAAGAGACCCGAAAGAACAACAAAGCCGUUAACGUGCAUGUAGAUACCUGAUACCUGUUGUGAGACAAAAAGCGACGGGGUGGCAACGCAAAAUCAGAAAAAAAACGA